AUGGUAGUCGUUAUUGCUUCACCUACCCAGAAUCAGCCACGUGGUACAACUUCGACGCACUUGAACCGUGACAUGGGUCGCGAAAGUCGUCAUGUAUAUGUGUCUGGACUUCCAGACUCCGUUUCUGACGAACGGAUUAANUCCUUUUUUUCAAGUUAUGGUCGUGUUCAUCAGAUAGAACGAACCCACGAAGGCGUCGUUGUGAGCUUUAUGGACGUUAGAUCUGCACAGAAAGCUCAUGCGGGCGAUCAUCGACUGGAUGCUGGCAUUCCUUUCAGGAUUGCUUUCCACGAACCUGGUGUCAAGAACGGUUUGAUGACAACGUCAACAUUGUCUUCCACGUCCAAUGGAACUGCUUCUCCAAAAUCUACCGAGGCUUCUCGAAGGCGAACACCCUCACCACGAGGCAAAGAUGCUGGGAGCCGCUCACCUGAUGCCGCGAACCUUUGUGGUGGAAUCUCCGGUUCAUCUAUUGGUUCCGGUUCCGUUUGUGCUUCAGCGCAUUCUUCUGGAGGCUUACAGGGAGUUUACGUGGAGCGCCUUCCACCUAGAAGUGACGGAACAGUUAAGGAAGCCAUAAGAGAUGCACUGAAAAAACACGGUCGAAUCGUGGACAUCUCAAUUGAAGGAGAUGGAGAUGCUAGAAAGGCACUCGUUAUUUUUCAACGUGUCAUUGACAUGGAGAAAUUAGUGAAUGACUCUCACAUUUCCAUCUUAUCUAUGCGUGUUCGCAUUCGAGCAGCCAAUCACGUCGUCGUUCAGGAAGCUUAUAACGACUACCUAUCACUGAACAGUCCUGCAGGUAGUGGUGCCACCAUAGGACCGGAUGCGGAUCUCCCUGCGAGAUACGCUUCUCCUAACGGAAACAGAAAUGAAGUCGACGUCUUCCAUCCAAAGGCCUCUCGGACAUUGUAUGUCGGCGGCUUAGAAAGUCGUAUAUCAGACGAGACUUUACGUCGGCGAUUCGGGAAAUAUGGCACAAUUUUGGACGUGGACGUGAAGAACUACGAGUCGCCGUCACCAUUUGCAUUCAUUCAAUUCGCUGAUAUAGAUUCGGCUGUGCGUGCUAUUAACACACAUUCGAAUACUGCACAACCGGCGAAUAAAAAGGGAAAGAAGUUUCAACCUAACUUCGGAAGAUCCAUGACUACGAAUAAGUUGUGGAUUGGUUCGAUACCUCCUCAGAUUGCCGAAGAGUAUGUCAUACAGAAGCUUCGAUCUCUAUCUGAAGGGGUAGUUGAUGUUGUCGUGGACAUGAGGGUUCGACAAGCCAUAGUAGUAUUCUCGUCUACGGAUGGCGCACAAGCAGCUUUGAACCGUAUUAAAGCUGGCGUUCCUAAGCAGUUCGUGUUCAAAGUGGAAAGUGGCGAAGCUCGUGUGCCAGCGGAUUUUUGCUCUGACCGACUCCACGACCACUUUAUCGAUCGGAAACACGGGGGUAUCCCCGUGAAGACUACCGUGUCUUUGCCUACUACUCCUGUCGUUGGUAGUGGGUGUAUUCCGAUUGCCCCGUCAUCUGUAGCUGACGAAGACUCGUUGACUGCACUUUUAGCGCCUCCACCUGAUCCUCCAAGUGAUAUGCCCAGUUAUCGAUAUGAACACCAUCGCGAUCAACGUCGGUCACCAGCACAUUCAAGACGUCGGGAGCGUUCUCGGGAGCGAUCACAAGAGCGAUCACGGCACAGAAAGUCAUCAAAGUAUGACUACGACAAGGGAUCAUCUCGAAAGAAGGACAGGAAGGAACGGAAACAAAGUGCGUCGUCGGAUUCAUCAAUAUCAUCAAGUGGAGACUCGUCUUUGACGCGACUACGAUCAGCUUCCAACGAUAGCCGUGCGUCGAGUCCGUUAUCAUACAGUCAACGGAACAAAGAUCGACGACGUGAAGAGAGACGUGAAAUCCGCUGUGAUCGGAACGUGAACGGCAAGCCACGAAACACAUCUUCAUCGCGGCGCAGCCCAUUUGAAGUUUCAAAAUGGACGGAUCGCAAGGUGAUCCGGCAUUCCCCUGCUGCGGAAGAAAGGCUGCCCCAAACAAUGCAGUCAUCAAACAUCAGUGCAGCGAUUGGAACGAUUACACCCACUCCGGACGAUCGCAAAAGUGGAGACAGUGGGUUCUACGAUGAUGUUUCGCGACCACCAUUGGAUCCUCCACCGGCGCCGCCACCAAUGGAGACAUUACCUCAGAUACCUUCUCCUCCUCCAGCUGAUCCUCCAGUUAGGCGAAAACCGUCUCCACGUUCGAAUCCACACUCACAACACAGCACUCCGCAUUUCGUUUCGCCUCCGUCCACUUCGCGACAUGAUUCCUUUUCUAGCCGGCACCAAUCGCAUCAUUUCGGUCAAGAGCCACAGUCGAUUUCUGCACAACAUCGUCAUCAAUCGUUGUCAUCUGGGCCAGGUCCUUCGACAGGCACACCAUCGAACUAUAAUAGUUCCACCCAUUCUCAAAAGCGUCACUCGGUAGAUGGACAGAGUUCCCAUACUCGUCCGCAUUCCACUUCACAACCAUCGCAUAGGACGCGAACGGGAAAGUGGCCUUGGAAUGAUCUGCUCCGGAAUCCUUGCGUCUUCCCAGAUUUCGCAAGCUCGGUUUUGCCUGAUCCGCGGCUUUCCCGCAACGAGUCUUCGCGAGUGGUUUCAUCGCACUUGCCUCUUCCACCUUUUGCCAGUUCGGAUCGUCAUCCUCGGUCAGUUACUGGUGAAUGGCGAAAACGGUCAUCUGGAAGUGCUGCUAGCACCGAAGGGGGAUAUACAGUUUCCCAACGCAGAGCUAGUGGCGGUUCCGGGAUUAUGUCCAGCAGCCGUCCUGUUGUGAGCUCUUUGACAGAAGAGCGCGCUUCUCACUUGCAUACACCUAUUUCGACGCACGCUGCAGCGGCUCAUGCUACGGUCUCUCGUAGUCCAAGCAGCAGUGGCGGAAGUGGAGGCAUGGACAGCGACGCUCAGCUCUCUCCAGAUGCAGCUCCGCUUCCGCCACCACCUCCCUCUGCGCUAGAUCUCCUUUGUGAACCUGAUGAUGUGCCCAUCCUAGCCGACGGAUGGAGUGGGCGUCUUGCUGAGAUUGGUUCCCGCCUCACUGAUGUGAACGCUUCACUAGAAGAAGCCCAUCGAGGAGUUGCCGAACUAGAUGAUCAGCAUCAUCGUCUUCCUUCCACAUCGCUAGUGACGGAAACAACUCCAACGUCAUCGCGUCAUAGACCAUCAGGCGCUCCCUUAACCACACCUCGUACGGACUCGUUUGAAGAGCGAUUGCGGAGUAUUAAUCAGAAGAAGAAAUCAUCGUUUGACGAUUUCACUCUGAAUAUCACUCAGGAACGGAUUCUUGCCGCAAAGGCUUCUGCACCUGACCCAUUAAGUGUUGCUCCAUUUCCGGUUAUUUCGACGGGAAGCAGUUUAUCGGCGAGCGGAUUCAGUCGGAGUACAGGAGCACAGCGGCCAGCUCUAUCCAUUACAAUUCCUCAACCUGGGAGUGCUUCACAGAGCGCGGCCACAACUCCAGCGUCAUCACGUAUUGAUUCUCCCCUGUCUUCUCGGAAAUCUGGAGCUCCAUGCUCUGGCGCGUCAACAUCUCGACCACCUGCUUCAGCACACGCAACAUCCUCGUCGACUCCCCCAGUUCGCCUCGCAGCACCACCGACAGCUCCGCUCAUAGCUUAUCCUCCUAACUUCUCAGUGCCACCUCCGAAUUUCUCCGCAACUCCAUCAUCAAUCUAUACACCAGCUUCAACCUCCGAAUCGCAAACUUCUCCAAUCCUUUCUGCGCCACCGCCACCUCCUCAACUCCCACCUACAACACAGCCCCAUACCACUUCGGUUACCACUCCACAUCACACAACACAUGGUUUACCAAGCUCGUCUCAUCCUACAUCAUCUCAUCCUCCGGCGCAAGCCCAGUCACAUCACGGAGCACCACAUUCGACGCAAGGGACACCGAAACCGUUUGGUAGCAAGAUUCCGCUGGCUCAGUCCCAGCGGCCAAUCGAUAGACACAAUACCCCUCAACGACAUGAUUCAAUGUCUGCGCUGAAAUCUCCUGUGCCUGGUUCUGCUCCAUCAUCAACUGGAAGGUCGUUAUCCGUUUCAGAUGCACGCAAAUCAGGAACAGGAGCGGUUGCACACAAGGAUCCGUCAACUGAACUACUCGCUGAGCUGUUCCAUAAUAAGCCCCCAACUACGGAUUUCCGGAAACUCCCAAAGAUCGAGAAGAAGCCUUCUGCUGUGACAGUACAUCCUGAAAGAGAACACCACAGUCAUGAGCAGUCAAAAAAACAUUCUGGAAACACGGAUCAUCAUAAGAAGGAGAAAGAGCAUAAAAUGCGUCGCAAAGACGAUGGAACAUUCGAGACGAAGGAAGAACGUGCGAAACGAAAAGAAGCUGAAAGGACGAAGAAAGAUCGCGAGAAGACGAAAGAUCAGAAGAGGGAAAAGAAGACCAAGGAAGAGCGUAAACGUGCUAGAGAUGACGACCGGGAGAAGAAGGAUAAGAAAACGAAAAAAGCUGAGAAAGAGCGGCAACGGGAAAAGAAAUCCAAGAAGCAGAAGAAGAAAUCGAGGCAGAGUUCAUCGGACGACGGAAGUUCUAGCGACGACAGCGACUAUCAGAAGGCGUUCAGUAAGCAACUGGCUCAUCUUGUCGCUGAAGACAGUGGCUCAAGUUGCGCUGGGGCCAGUGGAGGACUAUCGAUGUACGAUCGUGUAAAACGAAGAAGUUCUGCAGCGAAUAAGGACGACGGUACCAAGAAGACAGCUGCUCUUCAACGUUUGCGGGACAAGAACAACGAGCGAAAGAAUCAGAAGCGCCAUCGUAUACAACUAGACUCUUCCGAUGAAGAAGAUGAAGGCCUCAGACCAGCACGGAAACCAGCCGAGUCCGAACCAGACGAGUCGUCUGAAGAGGACGAGGAGACCGUACGAGUCGGGAAGAGCCUCAACGGAAAUAGUAGCGAGGAUGAGGAGGUAAAAAAGAAACGUGAUUAUUCUACUGAUGAAUCGGGAGAAUCUGAUGGUGGAGACCGCAAACAGCACAGAAGACCAACGAAGAAAACUUUGGAAAAACACAAACACAAUAAAAACAUUAACAUGGAAGAUGUUUUUGGCGCAGACAGCACAGACAACGAGAAGUCAAUCGAAGAGAAGGAGAAGAAGCGAAAGAAGAUUAGGAAGGACUCUUCUGAUGAGAAUGAAGCUCCAAGAAAGAAGCUCUCAAAGUCUGACAAAUUAGAUUUCGAAUCCAUCUUUGGUCCCGAUAAAGCAGAGAAGGCGCGGAAAAACGAUAAAGAACGGAAAGAGAAACAGCGAGCGGAAGUGGAGUUGAAAAAGAAGGACAGAAAGGAGUUGCCGAAACGUAAAGGUGACAAUCAAGAAUCGAAACCUGCUAAGCGGACUAAGAAAGGUCGGCCGUCGGAUGAGUCGAGUGCUUCCGAAAUGGAUACCCAGAGUGUGGCAAUCAAGGUGGAAGAAGAUCAAAGCCAAUGCUCUGUUGUAAGUGAGAAAGUUGAAGAGAUCUCUAUCAAAGAAGAGAUAUUGGAUGAGAAACAAGAAGAGGUCCCGAUGGAGGAGAGUAUUCCCGGAGAGGUAGUGAAAAUGGAACAAGAACCGGAAGAGGAUCAUAAGGAACCUGUCGUACAACAACCUCUCCCCGAGACAGAAACUGAAUCUUCAAUAGCAACGUCAAAACCACCCCAGCAAGCAACAUCUACGGCUACAGAGCAGACGCGACCUAAGCUGAUUACGAAGGCUGCGAUGAAGAUUUUCGUACCAAGUCAACCAACCAUCCCCACUUCAACGGUAUCUGCCACACAGCCUUCGACCGAAGCGGAUUCGGACGACGAGUCGACGGACUACGAUGACGUGUUUGCUAGCGCACUGUCAGGACCGGCUACUGGUCAACAAGAAACUACGGUUACCAGUUUCCUACCGCCAGGACGGAGAGUGAGCACCAGCAGUUCUGCCGCAACCGAACCGGAUGAAGUCAGUGAGUCCGACUCCGAUUCACAGCGAUCUCGACAUCGUGCUGUUGAACUUGUUGAUGCGGCGGCUGGUUAUGCGAGCGUUUAUGAGCCGCCUGUGGCGAAUGUUGAUGAAGCAACCAGAUCAUCCGAUGAGUGCUCUGCCGCAAAGACGUUCCUUACUGAGACGUCCAUCCAAGAGCCGCCACCGACGAGCAAUAGUGACAGUGUGAGGGACACAACAGAAAAUUCUUCUUGUGAGCAGCAGCAGCAGGAGCAAGAAACCCAGCAAGACGUGGUAGAAACAACCGUCGAGGCUCCCGCAGUUCCAGAAGCGACAACGACACCCUGUGAGCAGACGGUGAUCGACGACGAAGCGAAGAAGGCUGCUCGAGGAAUUUCAGAUCUACAGGAAACUGAAGACGCGGUUAAGUCAAUUUUCGAUGGCGAUGACGAAGAGGAAGAACCGCAGUAUCCAACACUUGUCUUCGUUCCCGGUAAGAAUGGAGCUGUAGUUGCGUCGGCAGGUUUGUCGAGUGCAGGCGAAGCUGCUCUGGUAUCUACCAGCAGCGUCGCGGUAACAAAUGAAGAAACGAAUCGAGCAACAAGUGCAAUCGCUGAUGUUGAUGACGAGGUUGAAAUCUCGGGCGUUGCUUCAGGAGAUGUGUCUGAUGUAAGGGAGCAGCUACUACGUGAAUCAUUUGUGGAGGAGCCGAUUUUGGAAGAAAAGCCCGCUGUGGAGAAGAAUUCGGAGACGUCUGAGGCGGCUAAGGAAGGAUUAUCGGUCGAUGCUGCAUCUAAUGUCAUCGUAAUCGAUGAUGAUGACAUCGUAGAGGUCCCAAUAACCAACGUUUCAGUAAAAGAGCAAGAGCCCAUAUCAACUACCGCUUCACAACCGGUAACAACCACAAGCGUGACUGCGCCCAUCAGUGUGGCAAUUCCGGAGCCUCGUAAGGCUCCUACGCCUAUGCAAUCACCGAAAACGGUAACGAACGCGGAGCAAGCAACCUUUGUGCCCCCUUCGGUUGUGCAUCCUGUCAAGGCAUCCCCUGUACCAUCUUCGGACUACGUAUCCGCGCUACCUGCAGCGUCACCAGUUUCUGGUGGUAUAACACAGGGAACGCCGGUAGUAUCGCAAGCAGGAAUGCAUCAGUUGUACAACCGAUUCCAGCAACCGUCCUUCUCACAUGCAAAUGUAUUGCAACAACAGCAGCAGUUGUAUCAACAAACGCAAGUUCAACAUCGCCCGCUAUCACAGCAGCAACUAUUUCAACAACAAUUCGCGCAGCAGCAUUUGGUGUUACAGCAACAACAACAACAACAGCUAUUGGCCCAACAACAAUUGGAACUUCAACAACAACGAGAACGUGAACGAGAGCGGGAGGCAGCUCUGCAAAAGGAGCGAGAACUACACCAACAACAGCAACUGCAACAACAACAACAACGUGAACGAGAACUACACCAGCAGUUGCAACAACAGCUCCUUCAACAACAGCAACAACAACAAAAGGAUGCUUCACGUGCCGUUAAGCCACAGACGCCUGCCGCUACCCCAUCUCCUGCACCUCAGGUACCUACACCAGUCACACAGCACCAGCAUGCCGCUCUGGCUGCGCAAGCUACUUUGCAAAUGCAACUGCAGCAGAUGCAAAUGCUUCAGAUGGCAUCCAGGGAUCCUGUGGCAUACUAUCAACAAAUGUCACAAACCUUCGGCCAACCAAUGGCCACGGCUCUUUUGGCGCAGUUACAAGCUAUACAGCAGCUACCUACAUCUCAAGCGCAGCAAUAUCUUUUGGAAUUGCAAAGGCAGCAGCAGAUCAAGGCUCAACAAGAUGCUUCCAAUACGGCCGCAUCAUCCCCGCAGCCUUCGCAGCAACUCGAACGAGAGCGAUUGCUUAAAGAGACUCAAUUGCGAGCAUUACGCGAACGUGAGGCCCUUCAACAACAAGCGCAACAGCAGGUCACACAACAGCAACAGCAACAAGCUGCUGCUCUCUACGCUGCCCAAUACCGCCUAUCCCAGCAACAGCUUCUACAGCAACAACAACAGCAACAGCAGCAACAACAACAACAACAGCAGCAACAACAACAUCAAACUGCAGUUCAGACAUCUCCGGCAGUUGCUCAAACGCCGACGUCGACAGCACCUUCGCAAGUGAACGUUUCUAUGGUUCAACAGGAACGGAAAAAUGUAGCCGUACCUCCACAACCUCGUACUAUUGAAAGUGCUGUCGUAACGUCUUUGGCGGCAGCCGUAGCAUCUCCAUCUGGCACGUCAUCGGGGCAUUCCGCUGAUGUCGCGAAACGUCGAAAAGCGACUGAACCUCAGCAUCUCUCGUCGUUCGGGCUUUCAUCUCCUGAAAUUGAAGCCAUGAACCCGUCAGCGAACCCUUUGCCUGGUGAUGCUCCGCCUGUUGGUGACCAUGCUCUAAACAUACUCAAUUUGGCUGGUGCGAUCGCGAUGAACAGCUUGUUAGCCAUCAAUCAACAGGCCGCGGGUACCGGCUUUCCGGCGGCUGCUCAACUGGCAGCUCAAAAUCCUCUUUUGGCUAAUGCAGCGAAGGUGAUGUUGAGCAUGAACCUCAUGAAUGCCGCAGCUGUUGGUGCCGAUCGGCCAUCCGCUUCUACUUCGACCUCCGAUCUUCUCUCGAUGGUCGCAUCACAGCCCCCCGAAUCGAAUGCAAUGACUGUGGCUAAUCUACAGCAGGCGAUGCUUCUUCAGCAGUACGCGGCAUUGGCUCGAGGGCAAAUCCCAGGUGUCAACCCGCAAUUGGCUGCUUUGCACAUGUCAUUGAAGCGAACGGCAGAAAAUGGAACUAGUCACCAGGUGGACCGUAAACGAUCGUUUCCGACCAGUGAAGUCUCCAAUCAAGUCGAGGAAAUGAGAAAGCGCGUUCAUUCGGAUACCAGCGCCCUCGUUAAGCAACGAAAAACUGAACGUGUCAUGAUCCCCCAUGUACCUGUAUCUAAAGAUGAUAUGGAACGUUGUCUGGAUAAGAUUCUCAACGAGGAAAUCUACAACAUUUUCGAAGAUGACUUGAAAACGGAGCGGAAGGAUGAAACACCUGUUUCAUCACCAGUCAGUAGCAGUAAGGAGACAGGAUGUAGCAGUAGCAGCGGUACUAGUUCACCUUUCGAAAGGAAGUUGUCCAUAAAUGAAAUACUCGAGAUUAUCGCUAGUCGUCCAUCAGAGAGAGAAGGCGGUAUCGCGUCCUUGGGAUCAGCCUUCAGGAAAGUAGGUAGCCGAUCCAACAUUACUGAGCCCUGCUCACGUGAUAUCACUAUGGCUACCGACAGUGCGCUUGUUUGGGAAACAUCAUGGUCACCGGAUGGAAGUUCCCCGCGAAGUUCAGAACCAGAUGUCGCCCCUCUCACUCAGGAACUUUUAAAUACAUUGCGUAACUUGGCCAUAUCGCAUCGCGAUGAAGAUCCGGAGAACUUGGAUACUACACUGUCGUGUGAGGAACAACUCAAGCGUUUCCCGGUGGUAUGGCAAGGUACGCUGGCAAUGAAGCAGUCCGAGACGACGGUGCAAAUGCAUUUGGUGUACGGAUCGAUUGAAAUGCUAACUCGAUGUCUUGGUGACGCCAAUGCUGAUGCGAAGAACGCCGUGCCAAUUCGUGUCAACCAACGAAUGCGACUCGAACACGCGCAAGUUCAAGGUAUGGUGGCAAAGAUGUCGGAUGCAGGUCGUUUCGCAUGCAUGAUCUGCCUGCCUUGUGGUCUUUCUCGAGAUGAAAUCAUCACCAAUUCGGAUAUUUUCCGAACUGCAUUUAUUGACUACUUCACGAGCAAACAAGCUGCAGGGAUUGCUGUGAUGCCUCAGACGGCUACGACCGCUGGAUGCUUGGUACAUGUGUUUCCUCCGGGCGAAUUUCCAUCUAGUUACCUACAGUACUAUUCGCCUCAGCUUUAUGAGUCGAUAACAGCUCGCCAGGCUUCAUUUCUGUUUGUCGUUCUAACACCUGAUGAAUCCUCACGACCACUUACAUCAUAG